AUGAGAUGUUUUCUUCAUCAUAAACAAUGUCUGCCUACACGUCUGCUGGAGGUUCUCUGAAAUUAAAGGGUGUACAGGAAUCUGGCAUCAAGAAGAAAAAGAAAAAGAAGAAUAAAAAUAAGAAGAUUUUAGACAACAUUACGAUACCAGAUAGUUUAGAAGACAGACCAGAUAAGACAGAAAGAGUUCCAGAGAAAUCACCAAUUGACCGACGCACACCAGCACAGAAAGCAUUUGCUAAAGUACAGGAGAAGAGACAAGCUGAGAAGAUUUUAAACAAAGCCUCAAUGACUCACAAAGAUAGAGUAGCUGGUUUUAAUCAACAUCUUGACAAGUUAACGGAGCAUUACGAUAUUCCCAAAGUUAGUUGGACCAAGUAAACUGAUGAGAAACAAGAGAAUAUUUCAUCUGAAUUCCUACGCUUUACAUCCUAUUAUCACAGAUGGAGUCAUGGACUAUGUUUGUUUUUUUCUAUAAAGAAUCUGUGACUUAAAACACUGUUCUCUAAAUACCGGUACUCUGAAAUGUUCAUGUGACCCACGGUUACUCUUUUUUUAGUAACUGUAUGUGACCAUAUUCAUAACAAUGUUCUAAUAGUUAAGUGGAGAGCCAGAAAGUCCUGUAAGUCAAUCUGGUAAUUGUCUUAGAAGAUGAUCUUCAAAUAUGAUCCAGCUAUAUGCAGAUACAUGAUUGUUUUUAUCAUCCUUCCACGUGAAAAUAAGAUUUGGUUACCAUGACAACUAAUAUGGGCUGAUUACCUUCAACCACUGAUGUUGUGGACCAAUUUCAUUAAAUCAUCAUUGAUAUAAUCUUGUCAUUUGAUCAGUGUAUUUUAAAGUAGGAAAAAUCUUUUAUGUAUUACCGGUACGUUUUGUGAUAUUUUAAAUAAAGCUUUGAAAAACGUAUUUAAACUGAAAA